AUGUCCCGAAUAACCUUUAAUGCUCCCGAAUCGAGAUCUGAAAAUGGCGCUAGAGACUCGCUAGAACUCGCGUCUUUGGCCUCGUCCUCUCCCGAAUCCGCCCUCGACCUCUCUCGCUCAUCUUCCCCCUCAGGCAUUUCGUCCUCGCGCAAGCUAUCGCUAGAGGAUGAGGACCCCCUUUCGAACUCCAAUCCACAUAUGACCCACUUGUCGUCACGACCGCGACCUGAUCGGUCAUACUCUAUCUCUUCCGCAUUCGAUUUUGGGAGGAAUCUGUUUCCUCUGUCCCAGACUGCCGAUGGCUACGCUCCCUUGGGGGCUCCAACUCAAAUCGAUGGAGAUGGCGGUGGUAUUGAUGGUUCGUUAGAGCGGAAUAAGACGUUGACUUAUAUCAAUGGAUUGUCCCUGGUAGUGGGACUGGUGAUCGGCUCGGGAAUCUUCUCAUCACCUAGCCAAGUCAACGCUAAUGUGGGAUCACCUGGUGGUGCACUGAUUGCCUGGCUCGUUGCCGGAUUAUUAGCUUGGACCGGAGCAGCAAGUUAUGCUGAGCUGGGAGGCGCAAUCCCUCUAAAUGGUGGUGCCCAGGCUUAUCUGUCUAAAAUAUUCGGAGAAUUGGCGGGAUUCCUCUUUACGUGGUGCGCUGUCUUAGUGCUCAAGCCUGGCAGUGCAGCCAUUAUCUCGAUCAUCUUCGGAGAAUAUGUGGUUCGAGCUAUAUUAGGUGCCGAAGUCGAACAGAUCAGCCCUUGGAUCAACAAAGGCGUUGCCUUUGGUGGACUUCUUGUUGUCAUUUGUCUCAACUGUCUCUCUACUCGGUUAGCUGCUCGGAUUGGAGAUUUAUUCAUGAUAUUCAAAUUUGUCGCAUUGAUCGGUGUCGCCAUUAUUGGGAUUAUUGUUGCCGCCACUGGCCUGUCAGCGAAGGGGCAGGCCAAUCAGGAAUGGAAAAUCAGCUGGUUCGAGGGCACGAACAUGGAUAUUUCAGGUUGGGCUAUGGCAUUGUAUGCAGGUCUGUGGGCAUUCGAUGGCUGGGACAAUACAAACUACGUGACGGGCGAAUUUAAAAACCCAAAUCGAGACCUCCCGCGUGUGAUUCAUACUGCAAUGCCCCUUGUUAUUGUUUCUUAUCUCUUGGCCAAUGUCUCCUACUUCUUCGUCCUGCCGCAUUCCACCAUUGAAGCUACCAACACCAUUGCCGUCCAGUUCGGUGACAAGGUAUUUGGCAGUAUAGGUGCCUUGAUUUUUGCGCUUAUCGUUUCUGCAAGCUGUUUCGGUGCUUUGAAUGCGACUGUUUUCACGAGCGGACGCCUAGUCUACGCAGCUGGUAAGGAAGGCUAUCUUCCAACACUGUUCGGCAACCUUUGGACGCAAGGCUCGUCCAGCAGCAUGAACCGGCUUCAACGCCAGUCGUGGAUGAGCAAGUUAGUCCGUCGGGUCUUUGGCAAUGGGACAUGGAUUGGCUACACACCCAUUAAUGCGAUGGCGCUGAAUGGCAUCCUUACUUUGCUAUAUGUCAUCGUUGGCGAGUUCGGCACCCUUGUCACCUUCUACGGCGUUGCAGGAUACACGUUCUACUUUCUCACCGUGCUGGGUCUCAUCGUGCUUCGCGUUCGGGAACCGCAGCUAGAGCGGCCCUAUAAGACCUGGAUUUCGACGCCAAUUAUAUUCUGCUGUGUCAGUCUUUUCUUGCUCAGUCGUGCCGUCAUCUCCGAACCACUACAAACUCUCAUUGUAGUAGCAUUCAUUGUCGCUGGGGUCCCCGUUUAUAUCUGGCGCAUUUACAAGCGGGACGGUAAGAAGGCGUUUCAAGGAUGGAGCCUUUGGCAUUCACGAUGA